AUGAGGGAGAUCCAUUAUCUUACCUCGUCAUCCAUCCCAAUGGAUUUAUCUCUGCCACCGCCUUAUCCUGUUUCUACACCUGCCACCACUACGAACGUUCAUCCAACACCACGUCCAUCUUCCAGCAGUGGAUCUAGACGUUCGAGCCAUAAACGACGACCUUGUCAAUUAUGCCAUUAUGGUCAAAAUGCAGAGAGCCAACAGCAACCACAUCCACCACGACGUUUACAUUUUCCUGUGAUCCCUUUUCUAAUACACAAAAAUCGACCCCACCAUGUACGAAUAUGUCCUUGUCCACAAAAGGUGCAUCUAAAUUGCCUUGCAUUGGAAGGCCAGCAUCAGGAUACCAUCACCUGCAGUAUAUGUGACUACGCGUAUCAUUCUCGAUUACGAGUAUACCUUAGCCGCGCUGUAUGCUUUGCAAUACACUUGUUGAGUAUGGCAUCUGUGGUCGGCCUUGUGUUUGGAUUAGCACAACUUGGGUCCGCUCUUGACAAGCUUGGUCUGGGUAAUGAAGCUGGUUCAAAGUUGGAUGGGGACGAGCUAUGGCAAGAUCACGAGCUACAAGAAAUCCUCGCAUGGCUACAACUAGUUCACUUUGCAACAGGUGUUGCUGGUGAAGCUCUAUUGGGAUUAGUCUAUCUAGUGGGCGUAUGUGGUGUCAUUGGCCUUGAUCGCACUCUUCACAUGCUAGACGAUAUCAUCCAUAUUAACCUUGAGCCCUUAUUACGUUUGCCAAUCCCCGAAUGGAUUCGAAGAGCUCUUCUUUGUGCUUGCCUUACGUUCAUAGGCCUGAUUCUUGGUACAUACCUCUUGUUUUAUUCUUGGAUUUGGGCAUGCUUGCUGUGUCACUUUUGCUAUCGAAUCCUCAAUGUAUCCACUUUUACGCCAUCAUCAUCAUCAUCACAAUAA